CAGGAGGAGAUGAAAACACUCAUUGAGCAGAGGAGGAGGAGGGACAAGGAACAGGAGGAGCUCAGGAGGAUGAGAGAAGUGUCCACACUCAGAGAGGAGGUGCAAAAGGAACAAAGGGAGAAGACUGAGAUUAAGGAGGAGCUGAUGAAGAGGGCGGAUGACAUCACAGCGCUAAGAGAUGAGGUGCAGGAGGAGCAGAGUCAGAGGGAGGAGGUUCAGAGGAGCUGAGGAGACACCAAGAAGGGAGCUGGCAUUCAUCACAGAGGAGGUGCAUAAAGAGAGAAGAAGAAAGAGCAGGUAAAGAGAGGAGUUAAUGAGCACAGAAAGGAGGCGACAGCACUAAGAGAGGAGGGCGCAGAACGAGCGAAGAACAAGGAGGAGCUACAGGAGAGCUGAGGAAGACCAAGAACGAUCUGACCUUCAUCACAGAGGAGGUUCAAAGAGAGGACAAGGAGAGGAAGCAGGUACAGGAGGAGUUAAUGAAGGAGCAGAGGAGGAGGGAGGUGCAGGAGCAGCUAGCAAGGACAGAAAAGGAGGCGAUGACUCUCAGAGAGAAAGUACAGAAGGAGCGUAGGAGGAGGGAGGAGGUGCAGGACAAGCUGAAGGAAGUGCAGCAGAGUGUGGAGGUCAUGACCCAGAACCUGAGCUCCCUGCAGACCCAGGUGUCGGAUCAGAGUCAGAGCAGGGAGCGAGUGAGGCAGGAGGUGAAGGAAAAGGGAGGAGGAGGCACAGCAGAUGAGGGAGGGUCUGAGGGCUGCACUGGAGGAGAGGACCAACCUGAAACUUCUCAUAGAGGAGAGCCACACAGAAGGAGAGCGUCUGAAGAAAGCUCUGAAGGAGAAGAAGGAGGAGGUGGAGAGGAUCAGAGAGGGGAAACCUGCAGACCUUAAGAGAGGAGGGUGCAUCGAGAGAGGGGGAGAUGGAGAAGGAGAGAGGGGGGAUAGAGGAGCUGAUAGCAAGAGCCAAGGCCCUGUAGAAGAGGAGAGGGAGAUGCUUGAGGAGCUGGAGGAGGCCUCGACUUGCCAAGGAGAACGCUGAGGAGGAGAGGAAGAAGGCGGAGGAGCGAUGGAGGAGCAGAGUGGAAGAGAUGGAGGAGAGCGGGAGGAGAAGCUGAAGCGCUUUUGAGAGAAAUCCAAGUCCUGAAGGAGCAAGAGGAGGAGAAGGAGAGGAGUGGAGACCAGACUGGAGGAGGCGAGGAAGGAGGUAGAGGAGAGCCAGGCCGAGCUGAGGAGGGUUAAAGCUGCGGAGGAGCAGAGAGGAAGGAUCUCCUCACUGUCUGCUGAGAGAGGAAGAGAGAGAGAGGGAGGAGAUAGACGGACAGAAGAGGAGGAGCAGAGACAAGGAGAC